UAUAUAUAUAUAUAUAUAUGGAGUUUAAGAACUCAAGAGAAGGAAUUGUCUUAAGAGUGUUAAGGGACGCUACGCCUAGUCAUUACUUGUUGAAAAUUCAGUCUUUCUCAUCUCUUACCAAUUUAAACAAGUUCAUCUCAAACGAUUUUGAUGCCGGGGGCUUCAAAUGGAAAUUGUGUCUCUAUCCAAAUGGGGACAAGGAGAAUAAAGGGGAAGGUCAUAUAUCUAUUUACUUAGAAUUGGCAGAAUUGAGUUCUCUCCCUAUUGGGUGGGAAAUCAACGUGAUUUUCAAUUUUUUUGUAUUUGAUCAGCUUCAGGGCAAGUAUGUUACAAUUCAAGAUGGGAGAAUAAGGCGUUUCCAUUCAAUGAAGACAGAAUGGGGCUUUUCCAAAUUCUUGGACCUGGAAACCUUUCUUAAUCCAUCAAACGGAUACCUUAUCAAAGACACUUGUGUCUUUGGUGCGGAGGUUUUUGUUAUCAAAAAUACUUUUAAGGGGGAGUUUUUAUCAAAGAUGGAAGAUCCUACUACUCAUUAUCAUACCUGGAUAGUUAAAAAUUUUACGACCAUGACUAAUAAAAAUUACAUUUCUGAAUCAUUCGGACCAUACAAAUGGUAUCUUAUUCUCUUCCCUAAUGGACAUAAGGAGGGCAAGGGAAAAAAUAUUUCAAUUUAUUUAUCGUAUGAUCAUUCUUUUAAUGCUAAAUUAUUUGUAAAUUUCAUUCUGCGUGUCAAAAAUCAAAGGGAUGGACCUCACAUUGAAGGAAAAGUUGAAGACCAUAUGUUUUAUCCAACAGACAAGGAUUUGGGUUUUCCAGAAUUUAUGUUGUUAGAUACAUUGAAAGAUCCGAAACAGGGUUAUUUGGUGGAUGACACUUGCAUCAUUGAAGCAGAUGUUAAAUUGCUUGGUUCGGUUAGUUUGAACAAGUCAUGGCUCUCCUAAACGUAUUAAUGCUUCCCCAACAAUAAUAGGUUUAGGUUGUGAUAAAAAAAUGAUACUUAAUGUUUGUCUAUAAUUCUGCAUCUUGUAAUGUUGCAGUGUGCGAAACCAAGGGUUCUGAUAUAUAAGAUUUGUGGUGCUACUUUGUUUUUCAUUCGCUAGU